AUGCCCAUUUCCAAGGCCCGUCCUAUCAGGCCAAUAACUAAUUUACUUUUUACGUUCUGUUCGCUGCGAUCAUGUCGUGCAUUAUAUUCAACUAAAAAGACGUCCUUCAGUUCAACCGUAAAAACACCGAAGACAAGUUUUCCACUCUCCUUGGAGUCAUCAUUGAUUUGUGCAAGAGAAAAAGAAAUUCAGAAGAAAUGUGGAUUUGAUGGGCUGUACAAGUGGCAGCUUCUGCAGGAUCGCUCCAAGCAAUUUGUUUUUCAUGAUGGUCCUCCAUACGCCAAUGGUCAACCCCAUGUUGGGCACGCGUUAAAUAAAAUAUUAAAGGACAUAACGAACCGUUACAAGUUGUUGAGAGGCUACAAAGUGCGUUAUGUGCCUGGCUGGGAUUGCCAUGGAACUCCCAUUGAACAAAAAGCUCUUGCAGCAAUCCAACAACAAGACAAAUUAAACCCCCUCGAAAUUAGAAAAAUUGCGAGGGAAUAUUCAGAAAAUGCAUCAGGCCUUCAGAGGGAUGCUUUUAAGAGGUGGGCUGUGAUGGCAGAUUGGCAGAAUGGCUGUUACUUCACAACUGAUCCAAAGUAUGAGGCUCUCCAACUCGAGGCAUUCUAUCAACUCUAUGAACAGGGUUUAGUUUAUCAAGAAUACAUGCCAAUAUUUUGGUCACCUUCCUCCAAAUCAGCAUUGGCAGAGUCUGAAAUUGUAUACAGAGAUGAUCACAUCAGUACUCAAGUCUACAUCAAAUUUCAGAUCAACAACUUUCCUCAUGCUCUCCUCAACCAUAAAUGUGCACUAGACAAAGUGUACGCAGUUGUUUGGACCACAACACCAUGGACACUGCCAUUCAACAAGGCCAUCUGCUAUGGAGAAGGUGUCAGGUAUUGUUGUCUGAGAAGUGACAGGGGUGAGUUGUUUGUUGUUGGCAACAAGUUCCAACAGCGACUUGAGGAAAUACUGAAUGGAAACAAGUUGCAACUCGUGUCUGAAUUCAUGGGCAGUGAUUUAAAUUCUUUGACAUACAUUUCAACCAAUCAAAAUGUAUGUCCCUUCCUACCUGCCAAUCACGUGACCAGUGAUAAAGGAACAGGAUUGGUCCAUACCGCCCCAGCGCAUGGUGUAGAAGAUUUUCAAGUUGCCUUAAAAUUCAAUUUACCCAUGGAUUGUCACGUGGAUGAUGAUGGCAAAUACAUGGGAGAUGCAGACUGCAGUUACAAACAUCUGCAGGGACUGCCAGUUCUUGGAGAGGGUAACCAGCAAGUCUUGAAAGAUUAUGAAGAUAUGAUCAUUAACAAAUCUAUGUUGACACAUUCUUAUCCAUAUGAUUGGAGGACUAAACAGCCAAUCAUCAUCAAGGCCAGCAAACAGUGGUUUAUCAAUACCAACAAAAUCAAACAGAAAGCCAUUGAUGCCAUGCAAGACGUUUGCAUCCACCCCAACAUGUCAGCAGCGGGUAUGAUAGCUCAACUGGAGAGGAGGGAUUAUUGGUGCAUCUCGAGGCAGAGAGUCUGGGGAGUUCCCAUUCCAGUUUUUUACUGGGGGAAGGACAAGAAGCCUUUGAUUUCCAGAGCGUCCAUCGAACACUUGAAAUCAUUGUUUGAGAAGCAUGGGAGUGAUUGCUGGUGGGAGAUGUCCACUGAUCAACUGCUGCCCAAACAUGUCAUCAGCCCGGACGGCUUAGAAGGUGGAUGUUCAUCUCUUGAGAAAGGCAAGGACAUAUUGGAUAUAUGGUUCGACAGUGGAGUCUCCUGGUUUGCUGUACUUCAAGGCACGUCUUUUUAUUCACUCAUAAUUGUGAUACUAAAUUACGAUUGCUGUGAUGGUAUGAAGGUGCAAGUGGCCGAUGUUUAUAUGGAGGGGUUGGAUCAGUUUGGCGGUUGGUUCAUGUCAUCCUUGCUCACCUCCAUGGCCAUCCAACAACGACCUCCGUUCAAGAAGCUUGUGGUGCAUGGGUUUGUUCUGGAUGAGAACGGAAGGAAGAUGUCGAAGUCUCUGGGCAACGUUGUUGAUCCUCAAGUUGUUGUUGAUGGCGGGCAGAACACACCAGCAUAUGGAGUGGAUGUGAUGAGGUUGUGGGCGGCUCACUCCGGACUGGAUGUUGCUGUCAGCAUGGGACCAAACACGCUCGCUGACCACCAUCAACGGUUAUUUAAGUUGAGAAAGUCUUUGAGAUAUCUCGUUGGAAGUCUGUACGACUACAAAGUUAGCAGCAUGAUGAAUGUUGUUGUCGACUUGAACCAGCUGAAACAACUGCAUGCUAAUGAUCGCUACAUGUUGCAUCUAUUACAUGAUCUCGUUCUGCAGGUGACAGCAGCAUAUGAAGAGUUCAACUUUUCGAGGGUUGUUCGACUGAUCGACUGGUUCACAUCAUCUCAGCUCUCUGCGUUCUACUGCCAUUUCAUCAAAGACAGAUUGUAUUGUGGCGAUGAGAUUGGUAGGUCGUCAUGCCAACGUACGAUGAUGACCACACUGUACUCACUCACUUUGCUACUUGCUCCCAUUUUGCCACAUUUUGCUGAAGAACUUUUCAUGUACCACCCACUUGACAAAGUGAAUAGUAGCGUGUUCAAAACAUCUGAUUGGAUAACACCACUGUGGUCUGACCAAUCGCUAGCCAAACAUUAUGAUGUCGUUUUAUCAAUACGGGAAGGUCUUUUUCAGAUGCUUGGAACUGACAAACCAGGAGAUUUCGUUCUUGAAAUAUCGACUAACAGUCACGCAUUGGAUAGUUUAAAGGUCAUAAAUAGUUCACAUGCUGGUCCAUCCUACACAUCUCCACUUGCUGAGUUGAUGCUCACUGCCGAUGUCCAUCUGAAAUCUCUUUCCUCUAAUCAUCCUGCUGAAUCUGAUCAUGAAAGUUUACUUAAAAUGCACAAGCAUCAAGUUUUCCACGUCAAUGAUACCAGUUUCGAACUGACGUUGAAAAAACCUGCAAUGAAAAAAUGUUCACGAUGUCGGAGAUUGACUUCAGAUGGCCACCAUCAAGCUGGCUUGUGUCUCCGCUGUUCCUCUCUUCUCUCAAUAUGAUCCGCCAUUUAUCGUGUACAAUUUCUUUGAUAUUUUUAGAUUUUUAUUUAUUUUUGUCAUUUAUUUUUUGUAUAUGUUUUACUUUUUUUUUAAUUGUUCAGUUAUAAACUUUUUUACUGAAAUAAACAUAAACCUAAGCUUCAAUUGUCCGUUCGGUGGCCGACCAGCUAAAUUGGAGCGGGUUUCCUUUCUGAACUUUUUUAAUCGUAAUUGGGUUGGUAAGUUUGAAAAUUUGGCGUUUCGGUUCGAACAUUUUUUUGCUUUAUCAUCUCUAUGGCAUCUACCAAGACAACAAGAAUUCAGAUAAGUAAACGAAUUCAAUUUUUUGAAAUUUUUGCGUUUCUUUGGAUCUCAGCAACGUUUUUUUCAAACUACUCGAUAUGGAGAUUAAAUUUAAUUUCGGCUUUUAUAGACUCACUCUUACAGUUAUAAACCAAGGUCUUAUCGUAAGUUCGUUCAUUUGUGUAUUUCGUAUUCAUUUUAUUUAUUUUAAAUUUUAUUCGAUCGUGUUUAUGUUUUAUUUAACAAAAAUUUUAUUGGUAGUUAACUUAGUAAGUUUUUUGGCUAAAUUUUUUUCUAGAGGACUGAUUUUUGUUGCUGGAAUUUCAAUGAAAUUUUUUUGGAGAUUAACAAAAGAUAAUUAUUCUCUGAACAAAGCGAUAAA